AUGGCUUCGGCUGCUAGAUCUGCUUCGCGCGCCUUCUUGCGCUCCACUCCUGCUACCUCCUCCUUCCGUCCUGCUGUCCGCGCCGCUCGCUUUGCUCUCCCAUCUCAGGGCUUCCGCGCCGCUGCUCGUCGUGGCUAUGCCUCCGAAGCCAACUCGGGCAAGUCCUCGUCCAACGUCUUCCUCUGGGCUGGUCUCGCCGUGGCUGGUGGUGCCGGUGCAUACUUCUACCUGAACGGCAGCGACUCCGUUACCUCCAAGACCUUUGUUCCUGGUAAGGAGGACUACCAGAAGGUGUACGACGCCAUUGCUCGCCGUCUCGCCGAUGAGACCGACUAUGACGAUGGCAGCUAUGGACCAGUCCUCGUCCGUCUGGCAUGGCAUGCAAGUGGUACCUAUGACAAGGAAACCGGCACUGGAGGAAGCAACGGCGCUACCAUGAGAUUCGCCCCCGAGUCCGACCACGGUGCCAACGCUGGCCUCAAGAUUGCUCGGGACUUCCUCGAGCCCAUCAAGGCCCAGUUCCCUUGGAUUACCUACUCCGAUCUCUGGACUCUGGCCGGCGCCUGCGCCAUCCAGGAACUGGGUGGUCCCGCCAUUCCCUGGCGCCCUGGCCGUCAGGACAAGGACGUAGCCGGCUGCACCCCUGAUGGACGUCUCCCCGACGCUUCCAAGGACCAGAGGCACAUCCGCGACAUCUUCUACCGCAUGGGAUUCAACGACCAGGAGAUCGUUGCUCUGAUCGGUGCCCACGCUCUGGGCCGUGCUCACCCCGACCGUUCUGGCUACGACGGCCCCUGGGACUUCAGCCCCACCGUUUUCACCAACGAGUUCUUCCGGCUGCUUCUUGAUGAGAAGUGGCAGAACCGCAAGUGGAACGGCCCCGCCCAGUUCACUGACAAGACCACCAAGACCCUGAUGAUGCUUCCCGCCGAUCUUGCCCUAGUCAAGGACAAGGAGUUCAAGAAGCACGUCGAGCGCUAUGCCAGGGACAACGACGCCUUCUUCAAGGAUUUCUCGGACGUUUUCGUCAAGCUUCUCGAGCUUGGUGUCCCCUUUACCAGCAAGGCUGAGGACCGCUACGUCUUCAAGACCUCUGAGUAA